UGUAACACCCUCAACCCCUGUAACUCAACCCACAACCCCUCCACCUACUACGGCUGGGAAAGGAACAGAGGCAGUGCGAAUUAUGGGAAGAGAUGGCAGCGUAAUUCUCUAUCAUGGAGUCCAAUCAGGCUCUGGGAAUUACCAAGCUGCUGUCGAGAUCAAGCUUAUUGAGGAGGGAUGGAUUUCAACUGAUGGAGUGCCAGUCUCCAGGGAUAGUUUUAUGAGGGUGUUGUCAGAUGUUCAGGGAAUAUUCAUAAGAGCCUCUUAUGGCGAUCGACGCUCCAGUUUAGUCGAGUCAGUUAGCAUUAAAGAUGUCUCUCUCGACGUGGCAUCUCAAGAAGACGCAGGCUAUGGCAAAGCCUUGUUGGUGGAAAAAUGCGAAUGCUCAAAAGGAUACGACGGACUGUCCUGUGAAUACUGUUCCCCAGGCUACACGCGAACUAGUGAUGGACUCAGUUGUAAAAAGUGUUCGUGUAAUGGACAUUCAGAUGUUUGUGACCAGGAAAAUGGCACUUGCUUUGACUGCCGUUAUAACACCGAAGGUUCGCUCUGUGACAGGUGUCGGCUGGGUUACUUUGGAAACGCCUUGAGAGGAACUCCCGCUGACUGCAAGCCGUGCCCGUGUCCGCUGACUAUAUCUCCAAACCAGUUUAGUCCAACUUGUUUCUUAGACAGUGACGAUCUUCCAACCUGUGACGCAUGCCCUGUAGGAUAUUCUGGACGAAAUUGCGAGUUAUGUGCAAUAAACUACACAGGAGAUCCCAUGAUACAUUAUUCCAAAUGUGAACUAGCAGCACCAACAGAGUGUGACACUCGCGGCAGUUUAGACACUGAUUCUGACGCUCGGAAAUGUCUGUGCAAGCGUAACGUCCGAGGUGAUACCUGCGACACUUGUAAACCAGGAUCUUUCAAUUUGCAAGAGGAUAAUCUCGAUGGCUGUACACCAUGUUUUUGCAAUGGAGUUUCUGACAGCUGCCAAAGUGCUAUGCUAAAUAAAACUCAGAUACGUUCUACCUUCUCGGUGGAUGAUCAGAAGAAUUUUACUCUUGUCACAUCUGACAGUUCCCCAGUAAACUCUUCAGAUCUCUUCGUUAAUCCCCUAACAAAGGAACUGACUUUUCAGUCGUUUGUGGAGGACGACGUUCAAGAAGAGAUUUUAUACUGGAAGCUGCCCCAAGAAUAUACAGGGAAUAGGGGAAGAGACAUAACACUUCAUCACUACAAACGUAGUCCUACCGGAAACGAUCGGGCAGGAGGUUACCAAGUUAUAUUUGAAGAGAAUUCCUGGAUUGACAACACCAAUAGAGAGAUAUCACGAAACCAACUUAUGAAGGCUUUGCACCAUAUUGAGGCACUUUUGAUCAGAGCUUCUUAUAAUACUCAGAUGCUUCAGACAACCCUUCGUGAAGUUUCCAUGGACACCACAACUAAUGCCGUCACUAAUAAGCCUCGUGUUAGCUCGGUUGAACAAUGUGUAUGUCCAGCAGAGUACCAAGGUUUAUCCUGUGAGUCGUGUAAAGCAGGUUACUAUCGAUCACGUGUUGGUCCACACCUUGGCAAGUGCAUAAAGUGUGAUUGUAACGGGCACUCACUUGAUGACUACUGUGAUCCUGAAACAGGAGAAUGCAAGAAUUGCCAGUACAAUACGGAAGGGUUUCGCUGUCAUAAGUGUGUGACUGGUUUCUAUGGAAACGCAACAAUCGGCCAACCAUCAGAUUGUAAGCCUUGUCCUUGCCCAAUGACGUCGCCACCAAACAGGUUUAGUCCCACGUGUUUCAUGGCAGAGGAUAAUGAACCAACCUGCGAUGCAUGCCCACCAGGAUAUGGGGGUAGAAAAUGCGACAGGUGUGUUGAGUCCUAUGUUGGAAAUCCAACCGAGCCAGGAGGAAAAUGCAACUUAGUCGACUGUAGAUGUGAUGUUCGUGGCUCGAUCAACAGUUCUUGUGAUCCUAUUACCACACAGUGCUUUUGUAAGAAACAUGUUGAAGGAAGUAAGUGCGACAGCUGUAAGCGAUCCUUCUUCAACUUGCAGUCGGACGAUCCUCAGGGAUGUGUGCCUUGUUUUUGUUUUGGAGUGUCUGCUGAUUGUAAAUGCGCUGAUUAUUAUAAAGAAAUAAUUCCCUUGCGUAUUGCUUUACUGGAUGGCCCAAACUACUUACGUCUCUCGGACUUAUCACGGGACUCAAUGAUAAGUUCUGGCUAUGAAAUAGAGGGUGAUCCGGGACAUUAUGUCUAUGACUUUGGCAAACCACCGGUAAUGACCUAUUACUGGUUUUUGGGAGAGGAAUUUAGAGGUGACAUGAUCACAAGCUAUGACGGUAUAUUACGAUACACAGUGUCGCAUGAAAUGCAGCCAGGUGGUGAGCUGACUUCUGCAACUGACGUCCAAUUGAGGGGUAGAGGGAUAGUUCUAAUAUUUCAUCAUAGGAGAAGACUUAAGGCAGGGGAAAAAGAGACAUUCGGCCUCAAACUGUCAGAGGAUUGGCUGAGGUACCCGGAUAACGCAGAAACGACCAGAGAUACUGUGAUGACGGUUUUGUCCGCCGUGGAUAGCAUCUUAGUCCGUGCGACAUACAGUACAACUACUACAAAAGCUAGUCUUUACGGAGUCAAAGUGGAGACAGCUGUCCCUCAAGUAACGAGAUUUAGAAAAGCUGAGAAAAUUGAACAAUGCAGAUGUCCACCAGAGUACACUGGAACAUCUUGUCAGCGUUGUGCUCGUGGAUACACACGGACUUACCCAGGCCCGGAUUUCUCCCCUUGUGUUCCAUGUUCCUGUAAUCAACACUCAAAAGAAUGUGAUCCAGAGACAGGACAAUGUGUAAAAUGUGAUCACAAUACCGCAGGCUCCAGGUGUGAGACAUGUGCAAUUGGUUUCUAUGGCGACGCGACUAGAGGCACGCCUCAAGAUUGUCAACCGUGUCCAUGCCCUUUAACAGUCUCUUCGAAUCAGUUCAGCAAGACCUGCAAGAUAGAAUCAGAUGGUCUACCUGCCUGCACUGGCUGUCAAACUGGUUAUACAGGAAGAACAUGUAAUAGAUGUGCAAAGGGAUAUUCUGGGGAUCCCAACAAACCUGGCAGAAAGUGUAUCAAGCUACCAGCGGAAUUCUUACCAAGUGUUAUGAUCAGGCCAAUGAAAAGAACAAAGACAGAGGGAGAUGAUGUUAGGUUUUACUGCUUUGCCAAGGCAAGGCAACAACCAAUAAUAAGUUGGUCUCGAGGAAAUGGCAAGACCUUACCCAGCAGGGCUGUUGUGUCUGGAAAAAUUCUGUUAAUUAGUAAAAUAAGGAAAGAAGACGAGGGAGACUACGCGUGUACUGCGAGAAACAUAUAUGGCUCCGAAACUGGUUCAACACAGCUGAGGGUACAAGCUCGCCGUGUGGAUCCCAUAAGCGUAACAGUUUCACCAAAAGUCCUUCAUGUUCUUUUGGACCAAAAAGCACAGUUCACGUGCAGAGCAAAAAGUGUGACCGAGUACACUUUGCAAUGGACUCAGGGCGUGAAUGGAGCACUUCCCAACGGGGCCGAGAAUGAAAAUGGUGUUCUGACGAUCGAACGUGCCCAGGCCAUCCAUGGAGGAUCGUACACAUGCACCGGUAAAAAUGCCAACAACGAAGAUAUGGUGACCGUACAGCUGAGAAUAGGAGUGACAAAGCCUCAGGUCCUCAUAAGCCCUGCCAGUUUGAGUGUGCAAGAGGGAGACUCCGCUCAAUUUCGUUGCUCUGCGUCGGGAUUUCCAGCUCCUGAACUUCAGUGGCAUGGUGGUCCUGGCGGUGAAUUGCCACCGGAAGCGAGUACAGCCAAUGGUAACGGGCUUUUGAUAUUUGAUGCCGUGAAAAAAAUUCACGAAGGAGAAUACUUUUGUACAGCUUCCAAUUUGGGAGGGAUCUCCAGCACUGGAACAUUCCUGAAUGUCUCAGCUCCUGGUACUGCCCCUAUCAUUUCGGUCGAGCCCAGUUCGCUGACUGUUUUGGAAGGUGAAGAAGCCUCGUUCCAGUGCUCGGCGAUAGGGGACCCAAAACCCACAAUUCGAUGGUCACGUGAGAAGGGCCAGCUUCUUCCGUCCUCUACCUCUUUAAAUGGUUUUCUACGCAUUUUCCCCACAAAGCUUGAAGACGGAGGUGAUUACGUUUGUACAGCGGCUAAUACGAUUGGAGUGGAUGGAUAUUUGGUGACUCUCACUGUGGAGAGAGAUACCUCCGUCCCUCCAACUGCGUUGGUGUCACCGGCAAAUCAAACUGUCCUUGAAGGUUCAUCCACCAGCUUAUCAUGCCAAGUGACAGGAGAUCCUUAUCCCUCCAUAGAGUGGAGGAAAGUGGGUGGCGAGUUACCGGACAACCACUCCAUUAUUGGUGGAUUAUUGGUGAUCUCAGAAAUAACAAAAGAGGAUGAGGGCAUGUACCUAUGCUUGGCUCAAAACAAGAAAGGUGUCAAACAAGUAACGGCUUUUAUUAACGUCAGAAGUAAAGUGUUGCCAAGGAUAGAAAUCAUGCCGGCGAGAAGGUUAACCGUCACUGGAGGAGAAACAGUAAUUUUCAGGUGUGUUGUUAAAGCUGGUAAUCCUCCCCCUGCGGUGGUGUGGGAAACAGAAGAGAGUCAACCGUUGAACAGUAGCGAUGAUGGAGUGUUGGUGAUCUCUCCAGCAAACGGUAACAGUCAGGGAAAGUACAUUUGCAAGGCCACAAAUGUAAUGGGAUCUGCUGAAGCUGUUGCUCUGCUGAUUGUUCAAGGUGAACCCAAUAUCAUCACGACUCCUUCCAGUCCUGUUUCUGCGACAACUGGUAAUACAGUCACCAUGGAAUGCGCAGCCGCUGGAGACCCCCCUCCGUUGGUUGAGUGGAUAAGUCCAGAGAGCUCUCGAUCCAGUCUCCAAAUAGUAGAAACUAGGAUGGGUGUAUUAAAACUCACCAUCGAAGACGUAAGAUUGGAAGACCAGGGAAAUUACACCUGCCAGGCGACAAACAUCGUGGGAAUUAGAAGAGAAAGUGUCCAGUUGCUAGUUACUGUGGCCAACGAACCUCCAGAAGUUGUCGUGGAAACUUUGUACGAAUCAGUUAUCGAGGGUUACAAGAUUGUGCUCCGCUGUAACUCGACGGGUGUACCAACGCCAAGUAUCACUUGGGAAAGAGUAGGCUCUAAUUUACCCAGUGGUGUCUUGAAUAGAAAUGGAAAUCUGACCAUCCCAUCUGUUGCCAGACGAGAUGCUGGAAUAUAUGCAUGUAAGGCUGUGAAUGUUGAAGGAGAAGACAUCGUUAACGUUCAGUUGGAGGUGAUAGCCCCACCUCAAGUAGAGGUGACACCUUCUCAGAGAGCGGUAAUUCAAGGAGAUUCUCUGAGCUUGUUUUGCGUUGCCACACCAUUAGUUCCGGUUAUAUGGUCGAAAAUAAACGGAAGUAUAACUGGCGAAAGUGAAGUAGACAAGGGAAAACUGAUCAUUAAGAAUGCGAGUGUGGAACAUGCAGGGAAGUACCGUUGUCAAGCCUUCAAUGCUGCAGGUUCUGAUGAAGAUUUUGCAAUCGUAACAGUAGUCGUUCGACCAACAGUAACUGUCUCGACAGAGUCCAUGGUAGCCUCACCGAAUUCCAAUGUUACUUUCCGAUGCAACGCAUCUGGUAUACCAGAACCUGUGAUCACGUGGACAAAAGAAGGCAUGAGUCUUUCACGGAGACACUCAUCUUUGCGUAAUAAGUUGACGCUGACGCGUAUUGUGAGUUCAGAUGAAGGUCGCUAUAUUUGUACAGCUACCAAUGCCGCAGGGUAUUCACAAAAAGUUGUAUAUCUCUCAGUUGAAGAUUUCCCCACUGGAACUAUAACGGGUGGAUCCUCUGUAACAACGGUAGCUGUCGGUGGUUCCCUUACUCUCGAGUGUCAAGGAACAGGAAUCCCAGAACCGGAGAUCAUGUGGUCACGUGUUGACGGUCCUUUGCCCAAUGGAGUAACUACAGAUGGUGGACUUCUUAAUAUUGUAAACGCUCAACUUUACCAUGGAGGACCCUAUGUUUGUAAUGUCACCAACAAAGUAGGCUCUGUACAAUCCGAGAUUGUUGUUUUAGUACAAGAGGCACCUAAGGUGACGGUUACGCCCCAAAAGUCACGGGUAAAGCUUGGGGAGACAGGGGAAUUUACUUGCAUUGCCAGUGGCUCACCAUUACCCAAGCUAACAUGGCGAAAAUUGAAUGGUUCAGUUCCGAUUUAUGCCACAGUAAGUGAUGGAGUACUUAGAAUUCCUAAUGUAACCCACCAAGAUGCUGGGAUAUAUUUCUGUGACGCUUCCAAUGUCGAAGGAUCAGCACAAGGAAAUACAACUCUUGAGAUAAAAGUGACCGUGCCCCGUUUUACUCAGAGGCCACUAUCAUACCUCAGCGUACCAACAUUAACUAAAGAGCCGCUUAAUUUUACGGUGGAGAUUGUGUUUACACCAGAGAUGGCAGACGGCCUCAUAUUUUACAACGAUCAGUUUACCAACGGUUCUGUAGGAGACUUUAUAUCAUUUGGAAUGUCGAAUGGAUUUGCUGAGUUUAGGUUCAAUCUUGGCUUCGAGCCUGCCAUCAUAAGAAGCCACCAACCUCUGCGUCUUUACGAGUGGCAUUCAGUCAUUCUAUCACGUAACGGGAAGGUUGGAAAUCUGACUGUUGAUAGCAAGUCACCUGUUACAGGAAUUUCCAAGGGAGGUAGUACAGGACUGAACUUAAACCAAGAUUUAUACAUCGGGGGAGUCCCUGAUUUUUUGUCGAUAAGUACGCUGGCAGGCUUCAAGUCUGGGUUCAUUGGCUGUUUAAGCUACUUAAUGGUUGAUGGAAACGUUGUAAAUCUUGGAGAUCCCAUUGACCAUAUGGGCUUGGAAGAUUGUAACGUUUGCGAGACAAGGCCUUGCAACAACGGUGGCACUUGUGAAGAGGUUCCGGGAGCCUGGGGCUUUGUCUGCAGUUGUAGGCCCGGCUAUUCAGGAAGAACUUGUCAAGAUGCUGGACAGCAGUGUUCUCCCGGAGUUUGCAACGAAGGCCGUUGUGAGAAUAUCGGCGACGAAGGUUUUAAGUGUAUAUGUCCAGCAGGUUACUCAGGGGAGAGAUGCGAGGAAGGAGCUCUCAUAGAGACGCCUAUGUUCGAUGGGCAUUCCUUUAUGUCAUUUCCGGGAAUCGAAGGUGCUCUCCAACAAUUAAAACUUGUAAUCAGAUUCAUGAUUCAUAAAUCAGGAAACAUGCUUCUGUUAUACAAUGGUCAGAGGCAGUUCCCUCAGCGUGGAGACUUCAUUUCUUUGGCCAUUAUUGGUGGAAAAGUUGAGUUUAGGUUUGAUUUGGGAAGUGGUCCUGGAAUUGUGCGAAGCGCAAGAAAUAUUACUGUUGGACAGUGGCACACAGUUCACCUGGAACGUACGCUGGAUGAAGGCUCGCUAACACUUGACAACGAUCCACCUGUAACAGACGACUCCCCAUGCUGCACAAAGGGGUUGAAUCUUGCAUUAAACUUAUUCAUAGGAGGCGUCGAGAACUUCGCAGUGAUAGACACACGUAAAGUUGGCGUCGGCUCCGGACUAGUUGGUUGUAUAUCUGCCAUGUCAGUAGAUGGCAGAGAGAUAAACUUGAUAAAGUCAAACCUUGAACUGCGUAAUAUCACGCAGUGUACAGAAUGUUUUUUACCCUGUGAAAUAGAACCCUGUCUAAACAAUGCCACGUGUCUACCAAUUGGUAAGAUUAGUUACAGUUGUUCGUGUGCUCAGGGGUACACUGGACGACACUGCGAGGUUCCUUUGGUUGGACCACUGAGGAACAAUACUUGUCUCAAUAACGGUGUACUCCUACCCACCUCGGAUAGCAUAUGUUCCUGUCCGUUAGGCUUUAGAGGAGAUAGAUGCGAGAAUGUUGUUCAACUCGGUGACAGUGCAGCCUUUAACGGAAAUGGCUACUUACAGUUUCCAAGCUCUACGAUGCGAGGACCUAGGGUAGUAAAACCAGAUUACAUGUCAUUAGAGAUAAAAACCAACGCCGAGAAUGGAGUCAUCAUAUGGCAAGGCCAGAGAGGAGAUCACUUCGCAAUUGGCUUAAGGGAAGGUCGCUUGGAGUUCAGAUUCGAGCUUGGCUCUGGCCCUGCUAUUCUCAGAUCCUCGUUACCAGUCAACGACGGGGAGUGGCACUCAAUCGAGGUUUUCAGGAGUUACAUGGAGGGCUCCUUAAUAGUGGAUGAUCAAGAACCAGUCAAUGGUACAUCUGUCGUAGGAAGUAGGGGACUGAAUAUCCAGGGGUCUAUAUUAGUAGGAGGAGGUGAAAACAUCGCGGAAAUGACUUUCAACAAAUACGAUACCGGCUUCCUAGGCUGUGUAAGGAACGUUUACUUCAAGACCAGGAAAAUUAAACUUCAAGCUGACGCUUCUGGCGGCUGGAACGUUAUUCCUUGUGAUGGCUAGCUCUCUAAGAUCUAAUAUGAUACGACUAACAUCGCAUAUUACAGAAAUUCUUUGAACUAAGCCGCUGUUGGGUUGUUUUUCAUUCUGGAAGAUGGAUGGUGAACUUCAACGCUUUUUUCGCGUUUCAGUUUGUCCAGCCAUGCAAGCUUUAUGGGCGAUGCCUAACAUGUCAAAUUAUUCACUGCUAACUUAACAAUGUUUUAGACCAGGCGUUUGAACUGAGGAAAAUCGUGUCAUCUUCUGAACUUUCCUCGAUCCAUUUGGAGAAUAUAAAGUAUUGAUGGAAGUCCUUGGUGGGAUGAACACACUGGCUGAAGGCACAGUUCAUUAUUUGUCAUGCUGAUUAUACACGUUUGCCUCUACGCUUCAGCCAGAAGUUGAUUCGUUUUCUGAAGAGGGGUCGUGGUUUGCUAGAUCCACUGAUGAAGAGUUCUGUGAACGUCAAUUUUUAACGAGUUCCUCCUGAAUUUUCUAUAAAUAACUUAACUUUAAGAGUCUAUCUAUAUAUUCAUAUAGAAAGCUUGAUAUGAACAAAUUAUUUGCCCUCUUUUUCUUCAACCUCAAUAUAUCACAAGAUUUGCAACCUACCUGUUGGGGCGCUGCGUGACGCAGUCGUGAUCUAGCAAUAACUGAAAACCGCGGUUUUGUGAGCUCGUGAGGGGAUUUGGACAGAUACACUUAACUUAUACAUGUCGAGAGUACAUUGUAGGUAUCUGGACGAUACGUACAGUCGUUUUUAUAAAUCGCUUCCCAGUUUAUUCAUGUAUGUCUUAAAUACUGGAUUCCAGGAAUUCUUCUUGUAUAUUAUAGACCUUGUUUCAACGACUAUUAAAAAUGCA